AUGGCAGAGCAAGGUACGAAUGCAGAUACAAUAGCGGAGAUAUCAACGAGAAUCAACGAAAGAAUCGGCACCAUCGGAAUAAGUCUAUCGGCAUGCAGUAUACCUGGUAAAGGGGCGAUGUUCAAGUUAGAUGACAAGGAAAUGGAAUUGGGAUUGGGCAUACAUGGUGAACGGGGAUGUGAAAGAACUGAAAUGAAAAGCGCAAAACAAAUUGCUGAAAUACUCAUGGAAAAGUUGGCAAAAAGUAGUAAAAAUUGCUUACAAAAAGGUAAAAAAGUAGCUGUCAUAUUGAAUAAUCUCGGUGGAACGUCACAAAUUGAAAUGAAUAUAAUGGCUGGUGAAAUCAUUAAUUGGUUAUGUUCGAAUGAUUAUACAAUUGCACGUUUCUAUUACGGCACUUUGAUGACGUCCUUAGAUGGACACGGAAUCAGUGUGAGCGUUCUUCGUUUAGAUGAAGAGCAGUGGAUCGAACUGCUCGAUGCCAAAACCGAAGCACCAGCAUGGAAUCUGACCAAAGUGUUUGUAACGAACGAUAUACACUUCAAGCGAAUUCCAACCGAAGAACCACCAAAGAUGCGAUAUAAUGAAAUUGGAGUGUCACUGAACGAAGGCGAAACAAACCUGCUCAGGAAGUGCAUCAAAGCGGCGUGUUCAUCGCUGCUGAAUGCAAAGAGUGAACUGAAUCGACUCGACAGUUUAUGUGGAGAUGGCGACUGUGGAUCAACACUGGCGCUUGGUGCUGAAAAAGUAUUGAAUUCAAUUGAAAGCAAUACAUUGUGUUGUUCAAGACCGCAAACGACAUUCUUACAGUUAUCACAAAUAUUUGAAGAUGAUGUCGGCGGUACUACUGGAGCUGUAUGUAUUAUUCAUUUGAGUCUGACUUAA